CAAACAAGUAAAUGCCUCAUCAAAUUAUAUCAUGCCGAAACGGCUUGCUACUUUUAGAUUCGCCUCUUGUCUUUGCGCUAUUGUCUUAAAGUAAAGAAGCAGAGAAGUAUUGCUGGGUUGGACAGAAACAGAAACAGUUAUACAUAAACGUCGACAAUUUUCAAGAAAGACUUCAAUCUAUCUAUUGUCCAAAAUGGGAGUAUUUAUGCUCGCGACGUUGCUUCUCCAAAUUUUCUGCUUUGCUUCGAUAAAUUCAGACGAGAGCCAAAGUACAAGAAAAUCCGUUUUCGAAGAGGUGCAUAACCCAACUCAGAUAACGACAAGCAUGUUUCAUAAGACCUUCCAUCAAUGCAGCAUGGAUUACACAUGCAAUUACAUUGUUAAGGAUGUUAAGAGCCACACUUAUAAUAGAUUUAAAGAUGAGCAAGAGAUCCCGGCUGAAAGAUCAAACUUUGUUAUAUGGUCAAAGAAACAAGCAAGAAGAGGUAUGAGUUGUUACUUGCAAGGCCAUGUAAUCAGCAGCAUUAGCGUUCCAGGGAAUAUUGCUUAUAAAAAGCCGUCCUCACAUUCGUCAACAUCUACAAUACAAGAAAUUCCAUUAGUUGCCAGCUUUGGAAAUGACGGUGACAGAACUGGAGACUGGCAGCGAUGCAGUAUCACAACUAAGGACUUAGUACCCUGGUGGCAAGUGGACCUGACAAGGCAAGCUGCGGUCGCAAGUAUCCAAAUAAGAAAUGGCGCAACUUGGGGUCAAUUGAGAAUCAAUCCAUUCGAUAUCAGUGUUGGGGAUGAUAGAUCAAGUGGUGGACGAAACAAUGCGCUUUGCGUGAAAGAUGGAACGUUGGCAAUCGGUGAAUUGAAAAAGUUCGAUUGUCCAAGGCUGUUGCUUGGUCGUUAUGUGACUGUGUUCUUGAACAGGCAAGAAUAUCUUCAAGUAUGUGAGCUUGAAGUUUACGAAUUUCAAACGGAGUUGUUCGUGUAAAGUAUCGUUAUUGGUGAAUUUUAUGUUUUGUAAUGAUUAUUCCAUUAAUAUAUAUAUAUGUUCUGCAAAGAGUCUAUAAUGACACGAUGGCUUAAAAGUGGCUCUGAAAAAGCAAACAUUAUGAAACAUACUAAAGCUUUUCGUUUAACACUCUUCAGAGUAAAAAUCGUCAGAACAUAUAUCAAAUAAGUUUCAUAUCUUUCGUUCUUUGCAUUAAUUUUAUAACAUUUGCGCACUUUUCUCUCUUUUAUGUCAUUAAAACAUCGAGAAUCUUUGGGAUACUGUUCUGUUCUUUUGUUCAACUGGCAAAAAAUCAAUUCCUUUCUUUGUUAAUAGAUUUGCGUCGAUGCUCCAUAAUGCAUUCAGUCU